AUGGUUUCAGCCUCACCAUCACCACAUAAGCCUCGGCGCAAAACCAAGAAGACCCAUUUCGAAACCACUGUCAAUGCCAAACCCGAAGCUCUAAUCCGGACUCCUUCGUUCCCUCUCGCAGCUUUCCUCUGGCCAGCCAGGAGCUCUCUGUCGCAAUGGGAGGUCCUACCACUCAUUCUUAUGGUUGUCGGUCUGUUUAGAUGGGCUGCAGGGCUUUGGGGAUAUUCGGGUUUCCGAAAGCCGCCCAUAUUUGGUGACUACGAAGCGCAGAGACACUGGAUGGAAAUAACUACACAUCUACCAAUAUCGCAAUGGUAUUUCCAUGACCUACAGUGGUGGGGUCUCGACUAUCCUCCCUUGACUGCGUAUCAUAGCUGGCUGCUCGGCAAGGUCGGCUCACUCAUCGACCCCUCAUGGUUCGCACUCUACACAUCGCGAGGCUCAGAUGAUCCGACGCUCAAGGUCUUCAUGAGGGCUACUGUCAUUGUGUCCGAAUAUCUAAUCUAUAUACCUGCCGCGGUGGUUUUUGUCAGGAGGUAUAGCAAGCUUUCGGGUGUUGCUCAAUGA